AGACAAGAAGGGGAUGAUGACUCAUCUUCGUUAACAACAACAAUUUCUAUAUCCUCCAUUGCAAGUUAGGGCUUCGCGUCCAUAGAAUCAAUCAUUUCUAGAACUGUCCGACCCAAAAUAAGUUUUUGAUCAGGUAACUCGAUCUGGGUAUGUAUGAUUCUCUCAACUGUUGACAAUUCCGAGAGAAAUUGAAGGCACGAUUACGGCGAGGAGAGGUAUUUAUCUAUCUAUCUAUAGCUUCUUCAAUUCGAAUCCGUUUUGGGUAUUUGAGGAUUUAGCAUAAAUGGCUUGUCAGACAGUAAAUUCCUGGACAUUUUCGGACAUAGUGGGUGCUUUUGUUGAGCUUGCAAUUGCUUACUUCUUACUUUGCGCCUCAUCUGUUGUCUUUAUCGCCUCAAAAUUUCUUGGUGUAUUUGGAUUGUCUUUACCCUGUACUUGCACUGGUAUUUUGGGAAAUAGUUGUUUGCAUAGACUCUUAUUAGUUCAUUGCCUAAAUGAAGAUGUCUCUUCAAUUCAACUUUCUUUGAAGAACAAUCACCCUUUUGAAUCAAUUUUGGAGAAAAAUCAGGACUGUCAAUUGAACCUGCGUUUGGUUAGUGAUUCAAAGAAGAAGGAAAAACAUCGCGGAAUUGAAAAUGCUGCAUCUUGUAGUUCUGUUUCUAGUGCUAGAGACUUUGGAAAGAACUCAUUUCAUAUGAAGAAAAUUGAAGAUGGAGUAGGUUCAACGCAUAAACAAGAGAGGGUCACGAAUGAAAGGGCGAGAAGGGGAUUUAGACGUCGUAAGAAGGUUUUAUCUGAUUAUGGGAAGGAGAAUGAUUCAUCCGUUUCGCCCUAUCAUUCUUCAAUCUCUCAAGUGGGAGAUGUUUGUCACUCAAUGUCGAGUAUUCACUACAAGAUGGGUAGAGAGAAUGCACCACUACCUGCUGAUUAUGGAUCAAAUACCAUUGGUUUUGGAGAUCUUGGAGAAACAGCUCCACAGGAUUUUGAACGGGAAAAUAAGCUCAUAGAAAGAUCUUCAUCUUCUUCCGAAGAGAAUAUGAGAACGGCAGUCUCUAAGGAAGAGAAAAAUGACACCAUAGGAAUCUUAGAACAAGCUCUCGAACAAGAACGAGCUGCUAAGGCAGCUCUUUAUCUCGACCUGGAAGAGGAGAGAAACGCUGCCGCCAGUGCAGCAGACGAAGCCAUGGCCAUGAUUUUACGUCUUCAGGAGCAAAAAGGAUCAGUGGAAAUGGAAUCCAGGCAAUACCACAGGAUGAUUGAAGAAAAAUCUGCUUACGACGAAGAAGAAAUGGACAUUCUCAAAGAAAUCCUAACACGAAGAGAGAACGAAAAACAUUUCUUGGAAAAUGAAAUCGAAGCUUACAGGGAGAUGCAUUAUCUCGAAAACAAGCCUUUGCAAGAUGAAAUCCAACUUCUCCCUUCUUCAUUUAACCUCUCCGAAGAUCCAGUUUCGAAUGAUGAAACACUUUUGGGAUUGGAUACUGAAGAAGAUUCUCAAGAGAAGAAAAGCGGUUGGUCGUCAGCAACAGAGUCGUCAGACGCAUAUAACUACUUCACGACGUCGAGAUCCUCAAGGCGGGUUGGAAGAAAGAAUUUGGAUAAGGGCUUGCCGCCUCUGGGUAAUUCGAAAGAAAAGGCUGCGACUAAAAUGAAGAGGAAUUCUUUGUCGGCAGUUGAUACUGAAAGGUUGAAAAUCGAGAACGAAGUUGGGCUGCUGAGAGAAAGAUUGAGAAACAUUCAAGCGGGAAGGGAGAAGAUUAAACUACCAGUUGAUUAUCCAGAAAGAGAUAAAAAUCAGUUGCAGCUUUUAGAGGACAUUGCUCGCCAGCUUCGAGAGAUUCAAGUGCUUACAGAACCGGGGAAGGUUCCUCGUCAAGCUUCUUUGCCUACAACACCCCCAAAGGUUCAAUCAAAGAAAAGUUGUGUCCGAAGUGCAUCAAUGGGUAUUCUGAAUAACCCUUAAAGGUACUAUAGUUAAGCCACCCGGUUUAUUCUCUUCUGCAACUGAAGAUGGUACGAAGAAAUAGCUUGGAUUAUGGGUAUAGAUAGAUCAAAAUGUUCUGUUUUUGAAUCUUGGAUUUUACUGGUUUAAUAUCUGUAAUUAGAAUAAAUUAGGGUCUGCCCUGUUUCUACUAUCAAUCUUGGAUCUCUAAUCUGUAUCAAUAAAUACAAAAGACAUCUUUUCCAUAUAAAAAUGUAGAAACAAUUUUGCAGAAUAGAUUUAUAAACAUUUUA